CUCGCUUACAACAGCCGGAACAAAACCAAAGACACGGAUAUCCCACAUCGGACAAAAAUCACCACCUGUGUUCUCGAACGUGCCGAUGAAAUUCAAAAGGAUCUUGCUAAGGAACUCCAGGAAUCUCCUGGCUGUGUUUCACUUACUUUCGAUGGGUGGACGUCAAAGAUAAUGACAUCAUAUCUCGCUGUAACAGGGCAUUGGAUGACAAGA